AUGAUGAAUUCUGUUGCGAACCACUACGACAGAGUAAUCGCGACGGAUGUGAGCAAGUCGAUGCUGAAGCUGGCGACGCCGGAUCCGAAGGUAACCUACCACCACACGCCGCUUUCGAUGAGCGAUGAGGAGAUCAUCGGUCUCUUCGGAGGAGUGGACCCCGUCGAUCUGAUAACGGCGGCCACCGCCGUGCACUGGUUCGACCUCGAGAGGUUCUACGCGCUCUCCACGCGUCUCCUCCAAAAGCCCGGCGGGAUCAUCGCCGUGUGGAGCUACGGCACGGAGAUGGCGGUGAGUCCCGAGUUCGACGCGGUGCUGACUCAGUUCCAGAAAACGCUGCCGUUUUGCAAGUUCCCAGAGGCACAAUACUUCAUAGACGGGUACAAAACGCUGCCGUUUCCGUUCGAGAGCGUGGGGCUUGGAAGAGAAGGCGAGCCACUGGAGCUCGAGAUGAAGAAAACGGUGUCGUUCGAAGGGCUGAUAAGGAUGCUCCGGUCGUGGUCGUCGGUCGACACGGCAAGGCAAAACGGCGUGGAUUUGUUGCCGGAAAAUGUGGUGAAGGAGCUCGAGGCUGCUUGGGGAGGAGCCAAGCUCGUUCGGACCGUUGUUUACAAGGCUUUCAUGCUCGCCGGGAAAGUUAGAGCUUCACAUUGAAUCUGUUAUAUAUAUAUAUAUAUAUAUAUAUAUUGUUUUCAAGAUUGUGUAUAAAUGAAUAAAAAGUGUAAAUUAGA